GGCUGCUCCAUCUGGAUCCAUCACGACUCUCGCGAUUUCGUCGAUUUGACGCGUCGCACGAUUUGUUGUUUUUGCCCACACACCUCUUAUCCGCUUCGUUAACAUGACCGGGUGGUAAUACUGUCCUUUUGUCCAUAUCGCGACCGUUAUCCGCUUUUUAUUUACUUUGCUAUCUUGAAUCUUGAUCAUGACCGAGUCAAAUAGUGGCGUUCAGGCCACGCCCGCUGCCGACAUGCUGUCUCAGGACAAUCCGAUCACGGCCGAGUGUUUCUUGCCGCCUCGGUUUUCUUGCCCGAGAGCGUGGCAACGCGUUGCUGUCGCCCCCGUCCCGGGCAUGCGACGACAAUCCAGGAUUUGGAAACGAGUUGGGGGCCUCACCGUUGGAACUGGUCAAAGUCCGUACAUCCGCGCCAUGGCAGAGCUCGAGAGACAAGGGAUGGGUCCGAGAAAACGGGCGCGACACGCGCAUCAUUUGCAGGCUUGGGGCGACGCGAAGUGGGACCCGAGAGCAGAAGAGCGCCCUGACGGGCAUCAGGAUAUUGUCGAGGCACAAGGCAUGGUCUCCGACGCCGCGCACAAGCCGACUACCACGACAAACAAUACCAAGACGAAACCUGCUACGUACCCCGAGGAGAGUUUGAAGUGGGUUCCCAGGAAGCGCCACAAUUCGCGCUGGCCGCUUGCGCCGAAGAGUGAGGCCGGAAGCCCGACAACUCAUCUGCAGCACUCGACCGAAUCCGAAAGACUUGUCUCAACCGAGCCUGUCGAAGCCACUGCUAAAGUGGACGAAGAGCAAAUGAGCAAGCGAUCUACGCGCCGCCUUAGUAGGCGUAUCUCUCUCUUCCCAGGAGACGAGUCGCCACGCAGGCUCUCCACAAUUGCUCUCUCUCCCGCGGGAAGUUCUGCCCCAGCGGCUUCGCCAGUCAAGAGGUCAAGCGUCGCGCUCUCGCCAACCAAGGUUGCCGACUCGCCUCUUCGCUCAUUCAGGGUUAAUGCCACUCCUACGAAGGUCGUACUGGAGUCACCCAAGGUCAGCCCACCAGAAAAGUCACCGGCGAAGCUUCAAGCCCCGCUCACCCCGGACACGCGGCCUUCGAGUCCACCGGCCUCUCCUCCUGCGAGCCCCGCGCCGCUGAUGUUUGACCAGCCAGUUCCAGAUGCGCAAGCCGAACCUCAACACGAGGUUCGCAGGCGCCUCUCGCUCCAGUCAGCGCGCAGGAGCGAGCGCGGCUCAAAUGGCGCUCUGCGCUUGCUGGCGCUCAAGCGUGGGACGGACAAUCUCAAUCGCCGGCACAGCCUCACGACUAUCCCGGCCAUCGCUGUGGGAGACGGCGUACGUGGCGAAUCCAAGAGCCGCCGGAAAACGAUGGACGUCUUCUCUUCCGGGCUUGAAGCAACCGGCGGAAACGCCGAAGACGCAAGGACUACUGGCGCCACUCCGGAUCAUCACAGAGCCGAAGACGUGGUUGAAAUUGACAUGAAAACGAGACUUGAUAUCUUCGGCCAACCGCCCGUGACCGCCGCGGCCAACCCACCACUGCUCAGCAGCGAUGGUCAGAGCCCAUUGACUUCCGGCGAGUUGGGUGUGGCGGAGAAGGUUGAGGUCGAGGCAGAAGCGGAGCAAGCAACUCCCUGUUGUCAGGCGGCCACCACUUCAAUGGCUGCCGAAACCAAUGAGGUCCCUGCCCUCACGCGGGAGACCUCUCCUCGUCUCGCCGAAAGCGCCAGUGUUGAAGGAGGAUCCGAAAGCGACGCUGUGCGUCUUCCCGACGCCAACGAGCUGCCUUGCGCUGCCCAUGAAGUGUCAUCCGACGAGGGUAGCCCAGCUCCCGAUGACGACCUCCAGGAGGCUACUCAGAACCUCGCAGUUGAGACUAAUCCUCACGCUUGCGUCGAAAUGGAGCACCUGUCUGAGCAGGAAAUGAUCGAAGCGCAGUUCACCAACGGCGGAAGCCCGGUCGCCAACGUGGAGCAGUCAGAAUCAACCACAAAUGCGGACUCAUCGGCGUCAAGUCCUGCCUCCCCUCGGCUCCGUUCAGACACGCCGAAUUUGGGAGCCAAGGCGACCGACGCGGUUCAGGAUGAACAGCCCGUGGUGGCCGCCUCAGUCACUGAAUCGCAUGUUUGUUCUGGCAACGUUGUCAGCGCCGCAAAUGGGACGGCUGUUGGUACUGAACUGCCGCAGCAUAGUACUGAGAAUACCGCAACGGACGACUUAGAUGAGAAUGCGCGCGCCACAGAUGACCAAGCUGCGAAUCCGCCGAAGGACUGUGGGGUGAAUCCGUGUCCUACGGGGAUCGCCAACAUUCAGCUCCCAGAGUCCUCAUCUGGGACAGAUCGCUCUACGCCUCCAUCACCCGGGACUCCCUGCAGCACUCCCACUGCACGUUCCACGGAGCCCAUGGAGGGCGUGUCAAACCCCCAGAAUCAGGGGGAUGGUCUCAGCCCAUCAGGGGAAAGCUCGGGGUUUACGCCCAUCAACAAACGGCGAGUUCCGCCUCCGAGCGACCUUCCUACCGGUCUCCGUGAUGACGAAGAGCCUGCAGCCGACCAUGAAUCGGAUGAGCUAGAUGCCGAUGAAGUGGUUGAGGAAGAUGUGCCGCAAGAGGAAGGCGACGAAGAUAUCGUCGCCAUGGAUGAGGACAUGACUGUCGAGGCACCGAAACCGGAGUGCGACACGCUCCAACUCCACGCCAGGCAAGACGACUCGGAAACGGAGAUGCUCCGGAACUUUGUGACGAGGGUAGCGGCAGGUAAAAGUGCCAAAGCGGCCGCAGCCGCAGCCGCGCUCGCCAAGAAAAUCGCCCGACGGUCCAGCUCUCUCGGCUCCAUCUCCUCCUCCACGGGCUCGCCCGUCGGCAGGGCAGGGUUAGAAACUCCUGGUAGCAGGCAACCAUUGGGCGUCCGGAGUCCCAACAGCGCCAGUCCAGCAAAAAAGCGCAAGGCUGACGCUUUCGAGGACGACCUCGCGAAGGAGGACUCCUCUGCCGAACCGUGUGCCGAACCCACUGACGGGCCCCGGCUCAAGAAGCGCCGAAAGUAUCCCGAGUCAAUCCUCAAGACCGCUCCUGAACCCGCAGCUCCCUCCUCCGAAGCCAAUUCUGCCCCUCCUUCAAACAUCACGACCUCCCUCCUCUCACCCAAAUCGGGCCCUCGCCGAUCCACUCGCGCGCGGAGCACGCGGGUCGCGCUUAAACCAAGCGCCCCCUCGGCCAACUCCAUCGCCUUUUCCAUGAUUCCCGUGCGAUUGCCGGGCAUGGGUGCGAUGGACGAGCCGGCGAUGGCCUCAGACGCCCACCUGUCCGCAGCGCGGCAGCGUAGCGAGGAGAAGGACCUCGCCGCGGUCACGCGCGCGAAUACCCGCAAGAACAAGGGCGGCGCGGUGCCGCCCCCGGUCGUGCUUGCCAAGCAAGCGGAAGACCCGGCCGGUUGGAGAAUGAGGGAGUUGAAGGGGGUCUGGGAGGCCAAGGAGCGGAGGAAGGGGGCGGCUCUGUCUGAAAAGGGGCCGGAGGCCGAGGAGGAGGGCGGCGGGAAAGGGAAGAAGGGCAAGAAGGUCAAGGAGGUGAGGUGGGCGGAGGAGCUGGUUAGGUACCAGCCGUAUGAAGAGGGAGGCGGGAUGUUCAGCGGGAUGGCGAGGGCGCUGCUGGCGGACGUGAUGGCGGACGACGGGGUCGACGAGAUCGCCGAGGCGGAACCGCCCGCGCUGGCUGAGCCCGCGGUUGAGAAAACGGCGAGGGUGGCAGCCAGGAAGGCCGGGAGCGGCAGAAAGAGCAGCACCACCGGUGAGGCGGCGCCCGCGCCGCCAGCAGCGCCCGCAUCCACGCGGCGGACGAGGUCCUCGAAGUUGCCGCCUCCCACGCCGGUCAAGAAGUUACGGGGCGCCGGUAAGCCGGCGGCGGAGAAGAGCCCCCCCGCGGAAAAGACGGAGCCCGCUGAGAAGCCCGCUGCCACUCCCAGCCUCCGCACGAGAGCGAGAUCGCUUCCCAAGCGGGCGGCUGCUCCUGCGCCUGCAACCGCACCCGCGACGGUUGAUCCGUCACCGGCUACGGCGUCAUCUUCCACCAGGACCGGCAUGGCUACGAGACGGACGAGGGUUACGAAAUUGGGGAUGAGCGGCAAUGGGACUCCGGCGCCAAAGCGAAGAGGCAAGGCUGCUGCUUAAUGUGGGUUGUCGAGAACGGACGUUUAUUUGGUUGGUUGUUUGUCUUGUUUUCUUCCCUCGGGCGCGGAGAAGAUUUGGCUUUUUUUACGUGCAUGUGUUCAUAUGAGAGUAUCUCUUGAGGAGUAGGGAAUACCCGUCAUAGAGGCUUUAGAGAUGUGGCCUGAGUUCGAUUGUUCUCGGUGUACCAAGAUGCAUGUCUCGUUGAUAUUUUUGACCUGAUCACGCGUUAUCCUGUGUGGUUGUGCCCGAGGAGAAACAUGAAAGGAGGAAAGGGAGCUUUGAGGUUUCGCUUGUUUAUCACUGUUUAAUUAUUUGUUUCUUGGGUCAAGCCGAUGCACAGUGGCCUCCAUCCACCCGCAGAUCGGCGCCCGUCAUGAACGAACUCCCGUCGCCCAGCAGAAACACAGCGGGACCCUUGAAGUCGUCAGGGG